UGGGUUACUGGGUUCUCCUCUUUGGCUGCCCUGCCCUGCUACAUCGUUGUUUUGAAAAACAACUCCCACGAUUGGGUAGGUUUAACAUAAAUAAACAAAUACACCAAACUGGAGUUAGGUGAACUGCCAUCCUCCGCUCCUAGCUUCCAAGUCAAACGACACCAGUCACUGAAGGGAAUCACGUCCAGUGAACCUCUACUAGUACGCCUUUCCAUUCCAAACUCUGCCGUUAUUGACUCUGGGUUCAUCUAUGGAUCCUAGCGGUGCUCCUAGAUCCGAAAUGCUCGUCAAUUUGGCCCGUAGACUCUCCUUGUAUAAGCCUGCUCACAGUCUGGACGAACCCUCAAGCGAGAACUUGACGGGUCAAGCAGACGAUAAAGUCGCCCAAAAUGUGGGGUUGAAUUCAAAAUCUGUUACAAACCCAAUCACUAUCACCCCACCAAUGUCCAAGUCUAAAAGGGCUGCGGUUUUGAUCUGUUUGUUCGAAGGAGAAAGCGGCGAUCUUUGUGUCGUUCUUACCAAAAGAUCCUCUAAACUGUCUUCCCAUCCAGGUGAAGUUGCAUUGCCAGGAGGGAAAAUGGAAGAAGGUGAUGCCAAUGAUAUUGAAACAGCUCUAAGGGAGGCUAAGGAAGAGAUAGGCUUAGACCCCUCAAUUGUGCAUGUUAUUACUCUUCUUGAAUCAUUUACAAAUAAGAAAGGCAUGACGGUAAUUCCAGUGGUCGGCUUAGUUUGGGACAGAAGUUCAAUGAAUUUAGUUGCAAAUGCUGACGAAGUAGACUCAAUAUUUUAUGCACCCUUAGAGAUGUUUCUUAAGAAUGAAAACAGAACAGAAGAGGAGCGGGAAUGGAUGGGGAACAAGUAUCUACUGCAUUUCUUUAACCAUCAAUCAAAGGAUGAAGUUUAUAUUAUAUGGGCUCUAACCGCUGGAAUUUUAAUCAACGCCGCGACCGUUAUAUAUCAAAGACCUCCCGACUUCGAAGAAAGACGUCCAAUAUUUUGGAAGUGAAGAAGCUGCAGUUGAAAAAAAUAACCUUUUGUCCAA